GGCUGUUAGCAAGAUCUGCAGAUCCUUACACAGCUACAAGAGGCAUACGUUAUAGGGCUGGAGCACUGAAUCAAUUAAUGCUCGCUGGCUCUUUUCCAGCCGAGCCCCCACUCACUAAGUUCCCUUCUUCCAAGCGCUGGAGCUGCAUGCACUGGAAUGAGUCGGUCAGCAAACAAUGGGUAGCAGCAGACUGCAAGUUUUGCUAAUGAACAAAGAAAACUGCACUGAGACCGUGCUAAUCACAUAAGUAAAAUCAUCAAGACAGUAGAAGAGGAAGGACAGAAGAAAAGGACAUCCUUUCUUUAUCUUUUUUAAAUGCAGCAAGAAUGAUUCUUUUCCUGCAUUCAAAAACCAGAGAAAAUGCCUGGGUAAGGAAGACAGCUUUCCUCAAAGAGAAAUUCUUCAUCUUGGUGUUAAAAGAAACGCUAAGUGCUAAACAAACACACAAGAGACAUUCGUUUGAAAAAUAAGAGACAAAUAAAUGAGCAACCGGCUUUCUAGAAAACAGCGAAAAACCUCAUCUUAAAGUCCACCAUGUGAUGAAAACGAAGAACAAAUCACAGAGUAUCUUCCUGGAUACAAGUGAACUCCACUGAAACACAAGAGAAAAAGCGGUGAAAGAUGGGAGCUAAUGAACUGCUUACUAUUCUCAGGCAUUGAAUUCUCUUGUACAAUCUUCUAAGAGCUGAACCUCGCUAUAUGGGGACGUCAAACCUUCAGCCCUAACAGCCAGAGAUGGACACAAGACAGGACUUGGGUUUUUAAGACUUCAACACACCCAGUAAGGCACAGGAUAAAAAAAAAAAUUGGAUCCAAGCUCUGACAUGGUUACUGUACCUCAAAAUAGCAGAUGACCAGUUUACCAUACUGACCAUGCUGGCCUUUCUUCAGGACCAUCUCGGAGCAGAGAGGCACACUGAACUCUUGCACCAUACGCGAUUCCUGCACAAAACACAGCUCUCAGACACAUCCUGCUGGGCACAAAGAUGCCCCAUCCUUCACAUUUCUUGAACGGGUCUGGAGCUGGCAAUGGAUCUUUGUCACCUCUCUCGGUAACAGAACCCAAAGAGAACUACUCAAACGAUGAGCAAGGAAACAAAGUGCACUGGGCUGCACUGCUGAUCCUGCUGGUGAUCAUCCCCACCAUCGGUGGGAACAUCCUGGUCAUCCUGGCGGUGUCCCUGGAGAAAAAGCUGCAAUAUGCCACCAACUACUUUCUAACAUCCUUGGCGGUGGCGGAUUUGCUGGUGGGACUGUUUGUGAUGCCGAUUGCCCUUCUCAUAAUACUGUUUGACAACGCCUGGCCUUUUCCAACUGCCUUGUGUCCCAUUUGGCUGUUCCUUGAUGUCCUCUUCUCCACAGCUUCCAUCAUGCAUCUCUGUGCCAUCUCACUAGACCGCUAUAUUGCGAUUAAAAAGCCCAUCCAGGCCAGCCAGUACAACUCAUGGGCUACAACAAUCAUCAAAAUCAUCAUUGUUUGGCUCAUUUCAAUAGGCAUUGCUAUUCCAGUCCCUAUCAGAGGAAUUGAAGAUGGAAAUGGAAACUCUACAAAUAUUACAUGUCUUCUGAUGCCUGAUCGCUUUCACGAUUUCAUUCUGUAUGGAUCAGUGGCUGCAUUCUUCAUUCCACUCGCUAUCAUGAUAGUCACUUACUUUCUGACAAUUCAAGUGCUACGCAAGAAGGCCUAUUUGAUCAACAAGCCACCUCAACGUCUCACUUGGUCAACAGUGUCCACAGUAUUUCAACGCGACGCUACACCUGCCUGCUCACCAGAAAAGGUGGCCAUGCUGAACGGCUCUAGAAAAGACAAGACUCUGACCAACGAUAUGCCCAUCUGUAGAAUGUCUACCAUUGGGAGGAAAUCCAUGCAAACCAUAACUAACGAACAAAGAGCAUCAAAAGUGCUUGGAAUUGUAUUUUUUCUUUUCUUGUUGAUGUGGUGCCCAUUCUUCAUAACUAACAUAAGUUCAGUCCUGUGCCACUCGUGCAACAAGGAAGUUUUUCAAAAGCUCAUGGAGAUAUUUGUUUGGAUAGGAUAUGUAUCCUCAGGAGUGAACCCUCUUGUCUACACACUCUUCAACAAAACAUUUAGGGAGGCUUUCAGCAGGUAUAUCACUUGCAACUAUCGGACCACAAAGACUGGCAGGGUCCUUCGGAAGUGUUCCAGCAGAAUCUCUAUCAGAAAUUCUGUGACAGAAAAUUCCAAGCUCUUUGUUAUGCAUGGGAUGAGAAAUGGGAUUAAUCCCAUUAUGUACCAGAGCCCAAUGAGGCUGAGGAGCUCGCCCAUCCAAGCAUCAUCAGCCAUUCUGCUGGAUACACUGCUGCUCACAGAGAACGAAGUUGAUAAAACAGAAGAACAAGUAAGCUAUGUAUAGUGGAAUGACAGCUGUGACCACAUCAUAGUGUUACCAUCUCUAUUACUCUAGGUGACUGUGCUAUAAGAGGUUGUAAGUACUACUGUUUCAUUUAUGCAAGCAAUAUCUUAUGAAUUUAUAAAGAAUUCUUCUCCAAAGUCUCCUCUACUAUAACCCCAAACCCUACAGUGGCAACUUCAUUCCAUGAUAAACAAUGACUAUAGCAAAACUGUAUCAUACAGAAAGAGGGAAAUAAAUAAAAGCUAAAUCAGUGCAA